AUGGAUAGCCAAUGGGAUAUCAUGGAGAAGCGUCUUUCCGAGCCAGACCAGACAUAUGUUGCGCUCAAGGACCGACCCACCGUCGCCGACUUGGCGUAUCUGCCGUUCGCGAUGCCGUACAUGUUCGAGUUCAUGCAGGUCAAGAUUGAGGAUUGGCCUAGGAUUAAGGAGUGGUCUGAGCGCAUGUUGGGUCGGCCUGCUGUGCGCAAGAUUUUGGAGUUUGCGCCUACGAUAGGGAAUUAG